GGAACUGGAGGUGCUGAUUAAACCUGAUCAAGAUGACAACCUCCCAAAAGCACCGAGACUUCGUGGCAGAGCCCAUGGGGGAAAAGCCAGUGGGGAGCUUAGCUGGGAUUGGUGAAGUCCUGGGAAAGAAGCUGGAGGAAAGGGGCUUUGACAAGGCAUAUGUGGUCCUUGGCCAGUUCCUGGUGUUAAAGAAAGAUGAAGACCUCUUCCGGGAAUGGCUGAAGGACACAAGUGGCGCCAAUGCUAAGCAGUCCCGAGAUUGCUUUGGAUGCCUCCGAGAGUGGUGUGACGCCUUCUUGUGAUGCUCUCUAGGGAUCCCUCAAUCCCCAAACCCAGCAUUUAGUCUCCAGAAUUUGCAGCUGAGUGGGGACUCCUUCCUUGUCCUCUACAAAGGAAAAGAUUGCUAUUGUAGUCACCUCCAAUGUACUCCAGGGUCUUUUGGGAGUUUUCUCCCUUCACCAUUUCAACUUAUUGGAAUUCUUUUGCACUUGCAUGCAUCUCCCUUUUCCUUCCCCUACUGGUUCCAUGUUAGCAGUUACCAGCUUUCCUGAGUGGAUUCCU